AACUUUGUUUGUUUGGGGAUGUGCUCCUGGGUGGUAACGCUGGAGGUCUGGAUGUCGGUGUGCUGAGGGAAUUAAGACUCAGGUCUCUGGCCAUCCUUGCAACAUCCCCAGGGCUGGCUUCUAGGAACCAGCUCUACCGGAUUUGGGAGGCUGAGAGUCUCGGCGGAGUGGAAUGGCUGCAGGAGGGCGCUAUGCGGGGAAGGUGGUGCUGGUGACCGGGGGCGGCCGCGGCAUCGGAGCGGGGAUCGUCCGGGCCUUUGCCCAGAGUGGGGCCCAGGUGGUAUUCUGUGACAAAGAUGAGUCAGGAAGCCAGGCCCUGGUUCGGGAACUUCCUGAAACUGUCUUCAUCCCGUGUGAUGUGACCCGGGAGGAAGACGUGGAGACCCUUAUUGCUGAUACCAUCCGUCUAUUCGGCCGCCUGGAUUGUGUGGUUAACAACGCUGGCUACCAUCCACCCCCUCAGUGGCCUGAGGAGACUUCAGCCCAGGGCUUCAGGCAGCUGUUGGAGCUGAACCUGUUAGCUGCUUACACAUUGGCCAAGCUUGCCCUCCCUCACCUGCGGCAGAGCCAGGGUAACAUCAUCAACAUCUCCAGCUUGGUUGGGGCCAUUGGUCAGUCUCAGGCGGUUCCUUAUGUGGCCACCAAGGGAGCUGUAACCGCCAUGACCAAAGCCUUGGCCUUGGAUGAGAGCCAAUAUGGCGUCCGUGUCAACUGUAUUUCUCCAGGAAACAUCUGGACCCCACUUUGGGAGGAGCUGGCAGCAUCAACCCCAGACCCUGGGGCAACAAUCCGAGAGGGCACCAUGGCCCAACCCCUGGGCCGCAUGGGCCAGCCUGCUGAGGUGGGGGCUGCAGCUGUGUUUCUGGCCUCUGAAGCCAGCUUCUGCACAGGCGUGGAGCUCCUGGUGACUGGUGGGGCAGAGCUGGGGUAUGGGUGGAAAGCCAGCCACAGAACCCCUGUGGCUGACCCCAUCCUCCCUUCUCCCUGCUUCACCUAUCCCAACCCAAACUCCAACCUGUACCACCUGCCUCCCACAGCCAGCCCCAACGCAUUCUGUACCAGAUCACCCUGCAGGCAAUUUGCAAGUCAGGCAUGUAGGUCACACUGUAAUCCUAACAGUGCGGAAGCCACCGCAAGAGAACCUUGAAUCACAGGUCAACCUGGGCUAUACCGUGAGACCUUGUUAAAAAGCAAACAGAAGCCAGGUGUCGGUGGCUCACGCCUGUCAUCUUAACUAUUCAGGAAGCUGAGAUCUGAGGAUUGUGACUUGAAGGCA